CGCGGGGCGCACUCGGCUGCGCGCUGAGCUCGGGGUGCACCGACGCGCCGCGGGCGGCUGGAGCUCUGCUUUGCUCUUGCUGCAGCAGCCGCGCCGCCCGCCCCACUCCGCUCAGAUUCCGACCCCAGCCCCCUCUGCACCGCCCUCCCGGACUCCAGCCCAGGCUCUCGCCUCCCGCCCCGCGGAACAUGCUGCGGGCGCCCCCCGGAAAACCGGGCUGGGUGAAGAUCUGGCAAAGACUAGCCUCCCGAGCGGGGGCCCCACCCUGCCGCCCUUCUCUUGGCCCGCACCCUGCCCGGUGUCCCUGAGCCGUGUGAGCCUGCUGGGGCCAUGGAGCGCGCGCCGCCCGACGGGCUGCUGAACGCGUCGGGCGCUCUGGCCGGCGAGGCGGCGGCCGCAGGCGGGGCGCGCGGCUUCUCGGCUGCCUGGACCGCUGUCCUGGCUGCGCUCAUGGCGCUGCUCAUCGUGGCCACAGUGCUGGGCAACGCGCUUGUCAUGCUAGCCUUCGUGGCGGAUUCGAGCCUCCGCACCCAGAACAACUUCUUUCUGCUCAACCUCGCCAUCUCCGACUUCCUCGUGGGUGCCUUCUGCAUCCCGCUGUAUGUGCCCUACGUGCUGACUGGGCGGUGGACCUUUGGCCGGGGCCUCUGCAAGCUGUGGCUGGUGGUAGACUACCUGCUAUGUGCCUCCUCCGUCUUCAACAUCGUACUGAUCAGCUAUGACCGAUUCCUGUCAGUCACUCGAGCUGUCUCCUACCGGGCCCAGCAGGGGGACACACGACGGGCAGUGCAGAAGAUGGUACUAGUGUGGGUGCUGGCCUUCCUGCUGUAUGGGCCUGCCAUCCUGAGUUGGGAGUACCUGUCUGGUGGCAGCUCCAUUCCCGAGGGCCACUGCUACGCGGAGUUCUUCUACAACUGGUACUUUCUUAUCACGGCCUCCACUCUCGAGUUCUUCACACCCUUCCUCAGCGUCACCUUCUUCAACCUCAGCAUCUACCUGAACAUCCAGAGGCGCACCCGCCUCCGGCUCGAUGGGGCCCGGGAGGCUGGUCCGGAACCCCCACCUGAUGCCCAACCCUCACCGCCUCCAGCUCCCCCCAGCUGCUGGGGCUGCUGGCCACGAGGGCAUGGGGAGGCCAUGCCACUACACAGGUAUGGGGUGGGCGAGGCAGGACCUGGUGUUGAGGCUGGGGAGGUGGCUCUCGCGGGUGGCGGUGGCGGGGGUGCUGCUGCCUCACCCACCUCCAGCUCCGGCAGCUCCUCGAGGGGCACUGAGAGGCCCCGCUCACUCAAAAGGGGCUCCAAGCCAUCGGCGUCUUCCGCAUCCCUGGAGAAGCGCAUGAAGAUGGUGUCCCAGAGCAUCACUCAGCGCUUCCGGCUGUCGCGGGACAAGAAGGUGGCCAAGUCGCUCGCCAUCAUAGUGAGCAUCUUUGGGCUCUGCUGGGCCCCGUAUACACUUCUAAUGAUCAUCCGAGCUGCUUGCCACGGCCACUGCAUCCCUGACUAUUGGUAUGAGACAUCCUUCUGGCUUCUGUGGGCCAACUCAGCUGUCAACCCUGUCCUCUACCCGCUGUGCCACUACAGCUUCCGCAGAGCCUUCACCAAGCUCCUCUGCCCCCAGAAGCUCAAGGUCCAGCCCCAUGGCUCCCUGGAGCAGUGCUGGAAGAAGAUGGAAGAGAAGGAAACGCGUCUGUGAACUUGAUGUUCCUUGGAUGUUUAAUCAAGAGAGACAAAAUUGCCGAGGAGCUUGGGGCUGGAUUGGCAGGUGUGGGCUCCCACGCCCUCCUCCCUCAGUGCUGCAGCUUCCGGCUGAGCCGCGCCAGCUGCUUCUGCCCGCCCCACCCCCAGG